CGCGCUGCGCCCAGCGCUGGGAGCCAUCUCCCGCCUGCUAGCCACCGGCGACCCAGACAGGAGGAUGGCGGACCCGGAGAGCAGCGAGCUGGAGGGGAGGCUGACGUGGGCCGAGUUCGACGCGGCGCUGGAGACGGUGAGGGUGUACACGGAGGCUCCGGAGACCUCGGGGUCGCACUUCGCGUCGGGCUCGAUGGACCUCUCGACCCCGCGCGAGAGGCCGGCCCUGCCCGGCGACCUGGAGCGCCUCGGGUGCGGCGUGGUGCCAGUCGCCGAGAUGGCGGGCGCCCUGCAGGCCUGCGCGGGCGAGGAGCAGCAGGCGUGGGGCGGCCGCCUGGUGCUCUGCGUCGCCGACGACGAGGACGCGGGGAUCUGUCUCGCCAAGCGGCGCGCUGGCAACAGGCUUGCCGGGCACGCGUUGCGGGUGCUUCAGCUGUCUGAGACGCGGGGCAACUUCCAGAUCGUCGCAGCGGGCAUCUGGACGAAGCGCAACUUUUCGAGGGACUUGACCACGCGCGCCACGCAGCAGGUGGACGAGCCCGCUGGGGCUCUCGCCCCGGGAGGGGCCCUCUGCGCGGCCCUCGCAGCAGACGCGGGAGGCGAGGAGAUCCACCGCCUGGCCCUCGUGGCUCAGUGGACCGCCCCUGCCCUCGCG